ACUCAAACCUAAAAUAUAUAGCAAAUCCAUCGGCAUUGUCCUCUGUCGUACCCUGUGUUCCUUCGCAUUCUCAGUUCUCAGCAUUUCAAGCUUCAACAGACCAAACAUGGCUCCUGAUCUCACCAACGCCACCAUUGCCACCAAGCCCAACGCCAUUGUCACAAGCCCACCGACCCGAGCCUAUGUCACGUUCCUGGCCGGGAAUGGGGACUACGUGAAGGGUGUGGUGGGGCUGAUGAAGGGCCUCAGGAAGGUGGGGAGCAAGUACCCCCUCGUGGUGGCGGUCCUCCCGGACGUGCCCGAGGAGCACCGCCAGAUCCUCGUGGACCAGGGUUGCAUCGUUCGGGAGAUCGAACCGGUUUACCCGCCCGAGAACCAGACCCAAUUCGCCAUGGCCUACUAUGUCAUCAACUACUCCAAGCUACGAAUCUGGGAGUUUGUGGAAUAUGACAAGAUGAUCUACCUAGAUGGUGACAUCCAAGUCUACGACAACAUCGACCACCUCUUCGACCUCCCAGACGGCCACUUCUACGCCGUGAUGGACUGCUUCUGUGAGAAGACGUGGUCCCACACUCCCCAGUACAAGAUCGGGUACUGCCAGCAGUGCCCCGACCGGGUCCAGUGGCCCGAGGCCGAGCUGGGCCCACGGCCCGCCCUCUACUUCAAUGCGCGCAUGUUCGUGUUCGAGCCAAGCCUCCCGACCUACCAUGACCUCCUUAAGACCCUCAAGAUCACCCCUCCCACGCCCUUUGCGGAGCAGGACUUCCUCAACAUGUACUUCCGGGACAUCUACCGUCCGAUACCCCCGAUCUACAACCUCGUGCUAGCCAUGUUGUGGAGGCACCCUGAGAAUGUGGACCUCGAUAAGGUCAAGGUCGUGCACUACUGUGCUGCGGGUUCGAAGCCGUGGAGGUACACCGGAAAGGAGGCGAACAUGGACCGAGAAGACAUUAAGAUGCUCGUGAAGAAGUGGUGGGACAUCUAUGACGACGAGUCAUUGGACUACAAGAACAAUGUAGCACCAGCGGAGAGUAAUGAGCCCGUGGACCUGCAGCCGUUCCUGGCGGCCAUGUCGAAGGCUGGAGCCAUUAAUUACAUAUCCGCCCCGUCGGCCGCUUAGUUCAUCAGGUUCUGGCCUGGUUCUUCCCACAGCCAUAGAAGAACAUAAAUCAACCAUAUUGUACAUUAGGUUGCCGGUUCCUUCGGAUGGGAUUCUUUUUCCCCCGAACUUGGAGGAGGAGGAGAAAUACUUUUUUUUUUUUUUUUUUUUUUUUUUAGUUUUGUGAUUUUUCACUCGAUGUAAGUCGUCUUAACGAUAGUACAAUACAAGUUUACAUUAUAUUAUCUUAGUAU